GACCUCACUGCAUUCUGCACAGCUGUGCGAGCAAGCAAAGAGAGAGAGAGGGCGAGGAGAAAUAGAAGAGAGAGCGAGAGGGGCUGCCUGGUUCCCUGCACGGGCUCUGUUGUGGGAAAUUGUGCUUUUAAACAGCCUUACGCCGAUAUGCAUUCUUCAGUUUCUGGUGCAUUACACGCGCAACAAGAAACCAACACGCACUCGGUUAACGUCAUUAAUAACGCAGUGUGAGAUGGACGAGUCGUCUCUGUUGGAUCUAUUGGAGUGUUCAGUGUGUUUGGAGCGGCUGGACACUACAGCUAAAGUCCUGCCUUGCCAACACACCUUCUGUCGCCGCUGCUUGGAGAACAUAGUCAGCUCCAGGAACGAACUGAGAUGCCCAGAAUGUCGCAUCCUAGUCGGCUGUGAGGUGGAUGAUCUUCCCGCGAAUAUCUUGCUGGUCCGUCUGCUGGACGGGAUCAAACAGCGGCCACGGAAUGGAGGCAGUACCAGGCAGUCCCUGGUGGGGGGCGGGCGGUCUCAGGGCUGUGCAGCCGGGAUCAGCGCAUCUCCCCCGGGCAGUGGGAUCAGGGACAUGCCGGUGGCCACACGAAGCCCCCCGGUCAAGAGUUUACCUAAUCUAACCCUAACCCUGCCCUGUGGAAAGGCUCUCUAUUCCUACGAGGGGAAGGAACCUGGAGACCUGCAGUUUGCAAAAGGGGACAUCAUCAUCCUGCGACGUAAAGUUGACGACAACUGGUACCAUGGGGAGCUGAACAGUUGUCAUGGUUUCCUGCCAGCUAGUUACAUCGCGUUGUUACGGCCGCUGAGCCAAACUCCGCCCACAGGAAAGGCCUUGUACGACUUUGAAGUCAAAGACAAAGAUCAGGACAAAGACUGUCUGGCCUUCUCGAAGGAUGAGGUUCUGACGGUGAUCAGACGAGUGGAUGACAACUGGGCAGAGGGCAUGCUGGGAGAUAAGAUCGGGAUCUUCCCCAUCCUCUAUGUAGAGCUAAAUGAAACAGCCAAACAGUUGAUGGAGAUUGACAAGCCGACAUCCAAUCCCGUCCCUGGCCCCAGCUUUGAUCCGUCUCCCGGCCUCCCAUUGGGUCCCUGCUCCCUUGGCCCCUCCCCUGACCCAUCCUCUGCAGGAAGUGGCAAUGGUGCCCUCCAGAGGCAAGAGGAGGAGAGAAGAGGGGGAGAGGGGAAGAAAAACGCUAAGAAGCGCCACUCGUUCACAGCUCUGAGUGUGACGCAGCGGACAGCCCAGCUCAACAACAGACACAGCAUGGAGAUCUCCCACCCUGUCCUCAUCAGCUCCUCUGACCCCAGGGCUGCUGCACGAAUACAGGACUCUCCCCCCGGUCCCCCCGGUCCCACUCCCUCCUCAGUCGGAGUUCUGGUUCCUCCCAGAAUGGCUUCAGUCACCUCAGAACUGCUGGCUCAAGCCAAGGUCCAACUACCACUCAACAUCUACCUGGCCCUGUAUGCGUAUAAGUCCCAGAAGGCAGAUGAGUUGGAGCUGAGGAAAGGAGAGAUGUACCGUGUCACAGAGAAGUGUCAGGACGGCUGGUUUAAAGGGACCUCUCUACGCACCGCUGCUUCCGGAGUCUUCCCUGGAAACUAUGUCACACCCGUGUCACGAGCUCCGUUUGCGGUGGGUGGUUCUCAGAGCUCCUGUCUCUCAGGGCAGGAGGUGGGAGGGGUGGGACAGGGGAGUAAGGCAGCCUCUCCCUCCUCCGCCGGCCCCUCCUCUGCCGGCCCCUCCUCCUCUCGUCCCUCCCCUCCCCCCUCUUCCCCCCAGUCUGCCGCUGCUCAGCUUAAGAACUGCCUUCGCUUUGGACAACAAACAGUUAACCAGACCCGCUCUGCCAUGCAACUGGUCCACAGCCCGCCCUCCAGCAGCCCAGAGCGUCCCACACCCACCGUCUCUCCUCUCCGACCUCAGAAAUCUUCCCCGUCGCGCUCCGCUGGUCAAUCUGCUCGCCCAAUAUCCAUGGUGUCCCCCGGCCCUUCCCCCCUCUCCUCCCCUGCUUCGCGCCCUCUCUCCUGCCUCUCUUCGCCCCUCAUCCCACUUUCCUCCCCUCUCUCCUGCCUCACCCCUCCCAACGCCAGUGCCGCCCUGCUCAACGGAGAAUCAACCAAUCCCUUCCAACCGUCCUCGCCUGGCCCCUCCCACAGCAACGCCCCAAAACCAGAGAAGAAGGAGAAGAAAGGAGGUCUGCUAAAGCUUCUCUCUGGAGCCGCGGCCAAGAAAAAGGCAUCUCAUUCUCCCCCGUCCUCCCCACCAACCCUCCCCCUGUCGGGUGCCGUCCUCCCACAUCACACCCGCUCUGGCUCCUGUCCAAUGGAUGCCCAUGGGCGUGCCGGGUCUUGUCCAAUCGAGAGUGAGAUGGCGGGGGCAAUGGGGUUAGAGCUGCUGAACAGGAAGUCAGGAUCCCUCGAUCUCAACUUCCCCCGGUCGCCCCCGAUGACCCGCCCCGGGAACGCACUGCUAGCUCUCCGGCCUGAACCCAAACCACUGUCCAGAGAGAGGUAUCGUGUGGUGGUGCCCUACCCCCCUCAGAGCGAGGCGGAGAUCGAGCUGAGACAGGGAGACGUGGUGUUUGUUCAUAAGAAGAGAGAAGAUGGCUGGUACAAAGGAACUCUGCAGAGGACUGGACGUACUGGCCUCUUCCCUGGCAGCUUCGUAGAGAUCUUCUGAACAGGACCGCUACACACACACACACACACACACACACACACACACACACAUACACGCAGGGAUGGGCAAAAAUGACAAAAUACAAUUACAAAAGAUCAAUGUAUCUAAAUGAACUACAAAAUAAUUGUAUUUUAUAAUCAUUUGGGGGGCACCUAUAUGUGUCCUAUUACACACAAGUGUGUAAUGGAAAUGUUUUUGAGGGGCAUAUCCCAACUCCCCUGAGACACCCUUAGGGGUCACGGCCAGGGUCGCCAUUGUACAGCUCCCCUCGAGCAAUUAGGGUUAAGUGACUUGCUGAAGGGCACAGCGACUGAUUUUUUUCACCUUGUCGCCUCCAGUAUUCAAACCAGCAACCUUUUGAUCACUGGCCUAAUGCUCUAACCUCGAGGCUACCUGCUGCCCCAAAUAUAUUUAAUUAAAAUACAUGUAUUUUGUAUAUUAAAAUACAUAAAUACAUUUGCAAACUCAGUGACGGAUACAGAAACUGUUAAUUUGCUAUGACUGAUGUUGUUUAUCUACCUUAGCUGAAUGUAGUGACUGUAAGUCACUCUGGAUAAGUGUCUGCUAAAUGACUAAAAUGCUGUAUAUAUGUGAAAAUGAACACACCAAAACGAACUGCAAAGCACAUUAGGUAUUAUUAUUGGCCUUGUUUCGGGGUCAUGUCUAGAUGGGAUAUAUCUUAACCUAAUUCUCUUAACCUUCUACGUUAAUUCUAUUGAACCUGCUAUGAAAAGUACAUUUUGACAAAAGCUGUAUCCUUUCUAGACUUAACCUUGUUUCAGGGCGGAGCUCAUUAGAAUAAUACUUGUCCAUUAUUACAUACACGUUUAUAUUUAGUUCAUUUAGCAGACGCUCUUAUGACACCAUAGUGCCAUCAGUCUUCUGAUACCAAUGCAGGGUGAAAGGGGGAUGGUGAACCGCUAUAAACAAAUGGUAUAGAAAAGUAUUUUGUAUUUUGAAAAUACAAAUUACAGCUCUCGAAAGUAUCUUAUUACAAAAUACUGUACAUUGGAGUGUAGUCCAGCCCAGUGUAAUACAAUUGACAAAAUACUCAGAAGUCAUUUAAAUAGAUAUUUAAAAUACACGUAACAGAAAUACUGCCCAUCUCUGCACACACGGCUACUCCAGCUCCAACCAGCCUCAUAGGAGCGGGGGCCUUUAUCCACACAGGACAGCUAUGGCAGGGGUCCUUCAUCAACCUCAUCAAUGACUAGUGAUGUUGACAUCAUCAGGAGGCGCCAGCAACUAUUGAAGGCACAACAAGCGGCACACUGUAUUUUUCUAUUGCUUCAGUGUGUAUUUGUUUUAAACAUCAGUGUCCGUAUGAAUGUGUGGUAUGGCUAGAGACAUGCCGUACUGGUUACAGAAGCACCUAAAGACCUUGGCUAACCUGAUACCUGUUCUUUCUGGUCGGUGUGUGUGUAUGCGUGUCUGUAUUCAUGUGUGCGAGUAAGAGAGACCAGUAGUUGGUAAUACCAGUCAUGUGGAAACUCAACAUUGGGAAAGAAAGCACAUCAACAGUCCCAAAUGUUCUUAAUUUUAACAUACCCCACUUCUGGCAAGCUACUUCAAACCGCCUCUUUCAUUGGCUAAGCACACAACAGUACUCCUCUUUCAUUGGUUAAGCACACAACGGUGGUCCUCUCUAAUUGGCUAAGUACACAGUUCCUCUCUCAUUUACUAAGCACACAACAACUGUACCCCAACAGAAGUAGGUCUAUAGGUCAGGAAGACAGAGUGAAGCACACAGAGUUGGGAAGGCCAGAACGAGUCGGUUACAACACAUACAGAUGGGAUCAGGCUACAUCCAUACAGCACACUCAGUCUCAGCCUAAAGUGUGUGUGUGUGUGUGUGUGUGUGUGUGUGUGUGUGUGUGUGUGUGUGUGUGUGUGUGUGUGUGUGUGUGUGUGUGUGUGUGUGUGUGUGUGUGUGUGUGUGUGUGUGUGUGUGUGUGUGUGUGUGUGUGUGUGUGUGUGUGUGUGUGUGUGUGUGUGAGAGAGAGAGAGAGAAAGAGAGAUAUAGAGACCAUCUGUCUCUGAUUGGAGUAGCAGAUGCAGGGGAGUCUGGGUAAUCCCUGAGUUGGGUAACAGACAGAUGAGAACACCCAGAGAUUCAGAUGAGAUUAGAACCUUUCCAUCAGGCUGCGACACACACAACCACACACACACACACACAUACACACACAACCACACACACGACACACACGCACAGUCAUUGAUGUGAAAGGAGUGGAUGGGUCCCAGUCUUUCCGCUCCUCCUCAGAGAGAGAGAGUGUAUCAGUUAAACAUGUUGAUGUUGUUGCUGUGGAUAAGCUCUUCGGUCUGGGCCAGAAACAACCCUUAGCUCCAGAUGAGCCAGCUGUAUCCCUGAACCCAAAAGGCCAGUCUGUUUGUCUGUUUCUACUGUCUGUCUGUGGAGCUAAUGCACAAGUACUCCAUGUUGGAGAUAGAGCACUUCCACAUGACCCAGACACCACACAGUGUCCAUCUUGCUAUUCCUGCUCCCCAGUUCCCAUGAAUUAGUGUGUUCAGGUGGACUGUGUUUCUGGUUUGCCUGGACUGUCUGGUGUGAGUACUGUACCACUGACAAGACUUUACAGACUUUACAAGGGGGUUGUUACGCAUGGAAUCUCAUGCUGUCUAACUAUGAGAGACGUUUUACAUUACUAUAACAGAAAAUAAGAGAUAUAAAUAUAUAUAUUGUGCAGAUUAUUUAUAUUUCGGGGGUGCAAGUCGCCCUGCACUCGAGACCAGCGUUCUACCAUGUGAUCAUUAAACAUUCUCUCGUAUUGAUGACCUCGUGGUUUGGUUGGUUUUUCAUGUCAAGUGCAUUUUCCCAAUAAAUGCCUUUGUUUUAAACCAA